CCAGGCACAGUGCUGGACAAAUCCCCCUUUAAUUUCCCAUGACUCCCCGCGUCCUCAAGCCCCGCCCCCAGUUCCCCAGCCCCGCCCCGAAGUUUGAGGGGUGUGGACGGUUUGUGACCCCCUUAGCCGACCCUACCCCUCACGGGCCGGGAGAGCUGGGCUUAUCACGGAGGCCAGGGCCAGGCAGCCCUUCGGUUCAGGUGGGCCCAUGGACCCCAGUCCAACGCCGCGGGAAUAGGACCAUCCAAACGCGAAACCUGCGCCUCAGAAAAAGGGUGCGGGACCCCUCCUCACCGUGCGGUCACGGUACGGACAGGGUAGAUCACAGGCUGAGGGACAGAGUAAAGACCUCUGAGGCCGGUCACCUGGGGUCCUGCUGGACCCCUCCCCACGAGAGUUCCCUGUGUCUGUGCCAGCCGUUUUCGUCUUUCUUCGCCGCAGUUUCUUUUUCUGUAAAUCAUGGUUAAUGACAUUAACCUUCUUGCCAUCAGGGAUUAGUUGUGGGUGUGAUAAAUAAUUGCUACCAUUUAUUGAGCAAUUGCAGUUUGCACUGUGCCAGGCACUGUGCUAAGUAUUUUGCUUCGAUGAUUUCACGUCAUCUUCAAAACAACCUCAUGAGGGCUGGGUCAGUUAGAACCUAAACAAACUAGAGACCUGGUUGCAACCCCUCAGGCUCUGCUGAUGCUGUCCCCCUUUGUUCCUGCAGCGUGGACCCUGCCGGCAGCCAGGCCAUGGAGCUCUCUGAUGUCACCCUCAUUGAGGGUGUGGGUAAUGAGGUGAUGGUGGUGACAGGUGUGGUGGUGCUGAUUCUAGCCUUGGUCCUAGCUUGGCUCUCUACCUACGUAGCAGACAGCGGUAGCAACCAGCUCCUGGGCGCCAUUGUGUCAGCAGGUGACACAUCUGUCCUCCACCUGGGGCAUGUGGACCACCUGGUGGCAGGCCAAGGCAACCCCGAGCCAACUGAACUCCCCCAUCCAUCAGAGGGUAAUGAUGAGAAGGCUGAAGAGGCUGGUGAAGGUCGGGGAGACUCCACAGGGGAAGCUGGAGCUGGGGGUGGUAUUGAACCCAGCCUUGAGCAUCUCCUUGACAUCCAAGGCCUGCCCAAAAGACAAGCAGGUGCAGACAGCAGCAGUCCAGAGGCCCCCCUGAGAUCUGAGGAUAGCACCUGCCUCCCUCCCAGCCCUGGCCUCAUCACUGUACGGCUCAAAUUCCUCAAUGAUACCGAGGAGCUGGCUGUGGCUAGGCCAGAGGAUACCGUGGGUGCCCUGAAGAGCAAAUACUUCCCUGGACAAGAAAGCCACAUGAAACUGAUCUACCAGGGCCGCCUGCUACAGGACCCAGCCUGCACACUGCGUUCUCUGAACAUUACUGACAACUGUGUGAUUCACUGCCACCGCUCACCCCCAGGGUCAGCUGUUCCAGGCCCCUCAGCCUCCUUGGCCCCCUCAGCCACUGAGCCACCCAGCCUUGGUGUCAAUGUGGGCAGCCUCAUGGUGCCUGUCUUUGUGGUGCUAUUGGGUGUGGUCUGGUACUUCCGAAUCAAUUACCGCCAAUUCUUCACAGCACCUGCCACUGUCUCCCUGGUGGGAGUCACCGUCUUCUUCAGCUUCCUAGUAUUUGGGAUGUAUGGACGAUAAGGACAUAGGAAGAAAAUGAAAGGCAUGGUCUUCCUCCUUUACGGCCUCCCCCCUUUUCCUGGCCAGAGCUGGGCCCAAGGGCCUGGGAGGGAGGGGUGGAAAGGAUGUGAUGGAAAUCUCCUCCAUAGGACACAGGAGGCAGGUACGGGGCCUCCUCUUCUCGUCCACAGGAGUACAGACGUCCCUUCUGUGCAAGCACAACUCAGGUAGAAAUGAGGAUGUCAUCUUCCUUCACUUUUAGGGUCCUCCUGAAGGAGUUCAAAGCUGCUGGCCAAGCUCAGUGGGGAGCCUGGGCUCUGAGAUUCCCUCCCACCUGUGGUCCUGGCUCUUCCCAGUGUCCUGCAUGUCUGCCCCCAGCACCCAGGGCUGCCUGCCUGGGCAGCUCAGCAUGGCCCCAGCACACCUCCAUAGGAAUCCUGGAGUAUCCUUCCAUUUCUCAGCCAAAUACCUUUUGAGACAAAUCACACAGGCGGGAAUGAAGAUUGUGCCAGCCUUCUCUUAUGGGCACCUAGCCGCCUUCACCUUCUCCCUCUACCCCUUAGCAGGAAUAGGGUGUCCUUCCUUCUUUCAAAGCACUUUGCUUGCAUUUUAUUUUUUUGAGUCCUUCAUAGAGCUCAGUCAGGAAGGGGACAGGACACCAAGCCAAGCCCCCAGCAUUGGGAGCGGCCAGGCCACAGCUGCUGCUCCCGUAGGCCUCAGGCUGUAAGCAAGAGACAGCACUGGCCCUUGGCCAGCGUCCUACCCUUCCCAAUUCCAAGGACUGGGUAUGGAUCGCUGGGCCCUAGGCUCCUGCUUCUGGGGCUAUUGGAGGGUCAGUGUCUGUGACUGAAUAAAGUUCCCUUUUGUGGUCCUGGA